CUAAUUGCUUUGCAUUUCGUAAAAAUAGUCUUUUCAUAGAUGAUGAAAAAUCGGUUAUUAUUUGCGAUUGUAUAUCUCUGUGCUGUACUCAAUCAUGUAAACCAAAAAAGACGUAAUACUUUUCAGUGUUGUGAUCAUUAAGCAAAGUGCAAAGAUCGCAAACUAAACAAGGAAGAUAAGCUCCCCUUGAACAUCAUUCAAGAUUGUCUUGUCUUUCAGGAUCAAAGUAAACAUCAUUAGUUAGUGAUCGUUUAAUGUGCAUCAACCUUUAAAAAUUAUAUGUUUUAAAACGCUAGGUUAAUUUGUUUAUUAAAUUAAAAUAAAAGAAUGGACUUUGUAGAUUUAAACCAAUUUGUUCAUGGUGAAUCAUGUUUGACUGAUCAUCUAACAAUGGACUAUACAGAUCAAGCGACUUCAUUGCCAUUCCACUCGGAGUCAACAGUAAAUGUUUUCUCUUACAAUGAUGAUACUCUGCGAUCUUAUUUGGACGAUUCUUCGAGGAAUCAUUCAACAGAUAAUAGAGUUCACAACGAUCCAUUACUGAGUUGUGUUUCAAACAGUGAAACCCACAAUCAACAAUCCAUUCAACAAGAAACCUUAUCAUGCAUUUCAUCAGAUUGGAUUGGCAUUUUUUCAGAUAGCUUAACGGUUGAUCUGAUCGGGUCUCCAUCGACAGAUCUGUUUAACUUUGCUUUUCCACUGGAGGCACCUUCAACAUCAACAUGUGAGUCUUACGAUGAGAUUGAAACAAAUGAACCUUUUGAAAAUGACUGUUAUGAUUUACAGUCGCCUGUCUCAAAGACUGCAAGUGAUAAAUUCAAAAAGAUACUUUCAUUGAAUGUUGACAACUCAAAAUUGAAGGAACCCUGGAUCCCCAGUGUGGGAAAGAAGAUAUUGGCUACUUAUUACUCUCCAUUGAAUAUUAAAUCAGAAUUUUUGUCAAAUCGAAUAAUCUUGGAUGAAUUUGAAUCACUUGCGGUGAAGGAAGCAGUUAAUGCCUUUCACAAUAUUGCUUCAAGUAAUGUGACAAUUUCACUUCGAAAUCAGGUGAAACCUGAUCCUCGUCCAACAGAGUUUGUUGGAACCUGUGAGAAGGUUCGAGCUUACAGGAAAUUACAUGCUGAAGAUAAAAUAACUUUAUUAUCCAAUGUAUUUUUUGAUAUCAAUGCAAUGAAGGGUAUAAUCACAUAUGACCAUCGAACCGACAGCUUCAACUGUUCUGGGGCAAGACUUGACAGGGUGGAUGUUUUUCAUUCAAACCCUGAAGCACACGAUGGAUUGAAACAUGUUAUCGAAACCUUUCCAGAUCGAUGGAGAAAUGAUCUCAAAGCUAUUGCUCUCAUCUAUCUAAUUGUCAUCUUCAAUCCUGAUCUACCUAAUUUGAAAUACGUUGAUGUUGUUAGACUGGAACAAUAUAGUUAUAUUUAUCUACUUGGACGAUACCUUGAAUCAGUCUGUGAAUCACCCAGUGAUGCUUCGGACAAUUUAUACAGAUUGAUGGUCAAAAUCGAUGAGAUUCAAAAGUUACGGAAUAAUAUUGUCAAUCUAUUUGAGGCUUUCAAAACUGGUGCUUCUUCGCUUCUGAAAAAUAUCAUUACAAAACUCAUCCAAAGUUCAAUGAGGUGAUUAAUUUUCCUCAGAUAAUCUGAUUCAUCAACAAAACCUUUUCAUCAACUUGUCUUAUUGUAAACAGAACUUUGAUCUUUUACUUGACUGAUCUCACACGAUUAUCAAUAAAAUUACUUGGAAAGAGAAGUUAUAUUUGAUAAAUGUUACAGUUUGUAAUGUAAUCCAUUAAAAGCAACUAUCAUUGAUGUUGUAUCUACGCUUCAAGAUAACUAAAUCUGUACAACAGAUUGAAACUCACUGAAUAUUUUAUUAGUAUUAAUAAAUGUAACUAUUUUUGUGAAUAUUUGUGAA